GGUACGUACACACGUGUGUUUUGCAUUUCCUCCCUGUUGUCAUCAAACCGCAUUAACCUUCAUGGAACGAAAACGUACAGUGACUGAUGAUGUCAACGGAGAAACAGCGCCAAAAGUGAAAAAGGGAAAGCACAAAACUAAGUCCGCGAACACGCAAAAAUCCCUGUCAGUGUCGCUAAACAAGUGCUACACUGAAGAUGAAAAUGUGAAGAAUUUUGAGUCGUCGUAUCAGGCUGGCAAGGCGUGCGACGCAGGUGGAUUGCAACUGUGCCAUGAACCAUUCACCCACGGUAUCCUGCCAACUUUCAUUGAAGAUGAAGAAUUCCUUGAGAGCCUUCAGGAAGAGCUUCUGGACUUGACAUUCACAGAGAAAAACAAUGACCUGUACAAGUUUUACCAGAGCAGAGAAGAUCUUAAAGUUGUGCAGACCCCUCACAUCAGUGCUCUAAGGGACCUGAUUUAUGUGAAAUUCAAAGAAUGGCUGGAGACAGUUACCCAUAUACCCCUAAACAACACAGUCGACAUGUCUUGUGCCAAGUACGAAUUUACAGACACGCUGCUGUGCCAUGAUGAUGAACUGGAAGGGAGACGGAUUGCCUUUAUCUACUACCUUGUUCCACCAUCAUGGUCAGAUGAAGAUGGAGGGGCACUUGAUCUGUUUGCAGUCAACGAGAAUGGACAACCCGCAGGUGUUGUGAAGUCUGUGGUUCCAGUGAGAAAUAACUUCCUGUUCUUUGAGGUGACGCCAUUAUCAUUCCAUCAGGUGGCUGAGGUGCUGUCGGAGGACAAGACACGCUUGUCAGUCAGUGGCUGGUUCCAUGGCCCAUCUAUAAUAAGACCCGCCCCCUUUGAGGAGCCACACCCACAACUAGUUCAGGCUGUUUCAAUAGAGGAGGAUGUGUUUUUUGACUGGAUAAACCCAACAUACUUAGAUAUGCUCUCACAAGCAGAUAUCCGGGAACGCUUCGAGGAGGAAUCUCAGAUUGAACUACAGAACUUUUUACAGAACAGCAAGUACGAGCAGUUAAAGGAUGCGUUACAGAAAUGUGAUUCAUGGACACCGAAAGGGCCUGCUAACAAGAGGUGUUACUCCCUUCUAGACAAUUCCCCGGAGAUCGUAGUCGAGUGCAGACGAGUUCUCCAGUCUGAUGCUAUGUUUCUGGUCUUAUCAAAUCUUACGGGGCUUAAACUGCAUGACCUGGCACCGGAAUCUGAUACUGAUGAAAGCGACGAGGACACUGCAGGAACUAAUGGAACAAAAGGAGAGCCAUGCUGUUGUACCCAAGUUCGUAGAUGGAAACAUGGUUCGUACACUCUGGUACAUGACAAUGAGAUUGAGGGGGACAGAGAGUUCGCCUUGGAUGUUCUUCUAUAUAUUGGCUGUGAAGGAUGGGAGCCUGAUCAGGGAGGGAUUACCAGCUACAUAGCACGAGGGGAGGAUGAGGAGUUGUUGUCCGUGAGUCCAUCCGAGAACAGUCUGGCACUGGUGUACCGGGGCCAAGACACAUUACAUUUUGUCAAACACCUCAAUGUCAGAUCUAGAAAGCUGCCCAAAAGGGAAUAUUAUGACAUAUGCUGUACGUACUAUGAAUAAAAUCAAUAUAUUGCAAA